AUGAUGAAACAAAUCGGUUCGGAACGAAACCCAUUGUUACUCGGUUGGUUUCUUUUUCGAAUAAAUAAAUUUGACGAAGCUAAACGUCAUAUAGAAUUAAUACUUAAACAACUUCCAUGGAAUGAUAAAGGGAAAGAAAAUGCUUACGAUUUACUAGAACCAGAUGAAACAUUUUUUGUUAAAAUCUCAUUAUCUGAAGGUGAAGAUGCUCGUGCAAAAUUAGGUCCGCAAACAAUUGCGCUUGUGACAAUUAUUAAUGAUGAUGAAUCGGGUUUAAUCCAAUUCGAAAAUGCAAUUCAUUUAUGUAAACGAAGUGUUGGAAAAGCAAAAAUAAAAGUUGUACGUGUUAAUGGUGCCGAUGGACGAAUUUCUGUAAAUUGUCGAACAAAAGAUAUUGAUGCUAGAGCAACAAGAGAUUAUGAACCGAUUGACAGUGAAUUACUCUUUGAACAUUGUGAAAUAUCAAAAGUGAUAGCUAUACCAAUCAUGAAUAAUCCUGAACAUAAAAAAGAUGUGAGUUUUGAAGUUGAAUUAUAUAAUCCGACCGGUAGCAUACAAAUAAGAAAACAGAAUAAAACUAUUGUAACAAUUAUGAAUGAUCAUGAUCAUACAAUAAUGGCGAAUAGAAUGAGAUUACUUGUUGAACCCAAUAUUGAUAAAUUAAGAGUAACAAAAACAACAUGGAGACAACAAUUUACUGACGCUAUGAAUGCAAAUGGUGGUGAUUUAGAAACAACUACAUUUGCUCAUUAUAUUGGUGAUUUUCUUUCAUUUCUUUGGAAAUUUUUAUUUGCCUUUGUACCUCCAACAUCGAUAGCUAGUGGUUGGUUAACAUUUUUCAUUUCAUUUGUUUUUAUUGCUAUACUCACCACUAUUGUCCAUGAUGUAGCUGCUGUAUUCAAUUGUCUUGUUGGAUUAGAAGAUAGUAUAACAGCUAUAUUAUUUAUUGCACCUGGUAUAUCAUUACCUAAUACAUUUGCAACAAUGAUAACAGCAAAACAUUCCAAAACAGCUGAUGAUACUAUUGGAAGUAUCAUAGGAUCGAAUAGUGUAAAUGUAUAUGUGGGUCUUGGUUUACCAUGGCUUGUUGCUGCUAUUUAUUGGAAAUUGAAAGUAGGAAAAUGUAAAGAUUUGAUUGCAGGAAAACGAAACGAAUAA